AGCAGAUAAAAAGGUACAAAGUGGAAGUAUCAUGACUUGAAGUACCACAGUUGAUGAUGUGGCCAACUGUUUAUUUGAUUGUUGAACAUUUUAUGAAUUUUAAAAAUAUUUAAACUAUUUGUAUAUACGAAGUGUUGGGAUCCCUCUCAGCAAAUUACGUUAAGUUAUGGGGCUGUACUUUUAUGAUCUAAAUGCACUAAUUAUUUAGGGGUGUGUGGCUUGAAUGAUCGUGAAUUAUUUAUUGGUUUGAUUAAUAUGUGUUCUCAAGGUGCACACUGUGGGUUUUAAAAACCUUAAGGGUGCAUAGAUGGUCUUAUUUUAUCAAAGCAGUAAUAGCUGGGGUGUAUUGCACUGAAGAUCUUCACUUAGCAGUGUGGCAAACGAACAGUAAGGUAUUGCUGAGGGACUUCAGCUGCUUUAAUGUCCUGAUGUUGAGCUGUUCUUUCAUCAUUAAAUAUCACAAGCUUCAACCAAAACUGUGCCAGUCUAAUCCCUUGUUCUCUUUGUAGAUGACACUGCUUGGGCUAUUCAGAGGAGCAUGAAUAUUUAAUAUGAGUUGUAAAAACCCAGAGUUAACCCUGUCCGUGCCUCCAUGCACUGGUCCUCACGUGUCUUCAGGCUCUGGCUAUCAUGUUACUUAAGUUUCCGGCAGGCCUGUGUUGCUCAGUCCAGCCAUGUGUGGUGGCAUGUGUCUGUCUGGGCACAAAGGCCGUGCUGGGCCAUGAGCGACUGCUUUUGUGCCGUACCUGGGCUUCUUUCAUUACCUUUACAGCUCACUGGGCCUGACCCGCUCCUCUGCGCCCUCCACACACACAUACACACGUACGCCUGCCUGCCAGCUUGCAGUAUCUGUGGUGUCGGCUUCCACCAGCCACGCUAGUAUGUGUAUGCGGUCAAGGUAGGCUGAGCUUCUCUUUCGACUGGACGCAGCUGGCCAGUGUUGGUGGAUCGAGGCAGGACUGCGAUGGUGCUCCACAACGCUAUAGCUGCUGCCUGUGUAGGGGACAUUGUAAGCCUAAGGGAGCUGGCCACAGCUGGACUUCUCACGGAGGCCAUCGUGGAUGCCCAGGGGGCGGGGCCUGUCCAUCAUGCAGCUCGUUGUGGUCAGCUGGACUGUUUGCGCUUCCUGGUGACUGAGGCAGGGUUGGCAGCUAAUAGCAAGGCCCUGAACGGGGCCACACCUGUCCACGAUGCAGCCGCCACUGGACACAUGCGGGAACUGCAGUGGCUGGUGCAGAGUGCAGGAUGCAGUGUGCAGGAGCAAGACGCUGCAGGAACCACUGCGCUCCACCUUGCUGCUCGGUUCGGAAGAGUGGAGGCGGUCAGUUGGCUGCUGGCCUUUGGGGGCGGGGCAGAGCAGGAGACUGACUGUGGGGCUCUUCCUGCACACUAUGCUGCUGCCAGGGGUGACCUUACCUGCCUGAAACUCCUGAUUGGCCAAGCUCCAGGAUGUGUGAACCGGCAGACUUUUAUUGGAGCCACUCCACUGUACCUGGCCUGUCAGGAGGGUCACUUGCAUGUGGUGGAGUACCUGGUGAAGGACUGUGGAGCUGAUGUCCAUAUUAGAGCUCAAGAUGGCAUGACACCUCUGCAUGCAGCUGCUCAUAUGGGUCACCAUUCUCUGGUUGUCUGGCUGGUCUCCUACACAGACAUCAGCCUGUCCAGUCAGGAUAAGGAGGGGGCCACUGCAUUGCACUUUGCUGCCAGUGGGGGGCAUCAUUGCAUCCUGGACAGGCUGCUGCACAUAGGGUCAAAGAUCAUUAAAGACCACUGGGGUGGCACUCCUUUACAUGAUGCAGCAGAGAAUGGUGAGAUGGAGUGUUGCAGGGUCCUUCUGAACCGUGGAGUCAACCCUUUGGAGAGAGAUGUGGAUGGCUUCACUGCGGCUGACCUGGCAGAGUACAACGGUCACUAUGAGUGCGCUAGAUACCUGCACAUGGUAGAGAAAGACCCCCAUAGUGCUGCUCAACGUCUGGAGGACAGCGGCCCUUUAGAAGAGGAGCUGAGAGAGAGGCCAGUGCUGUUGUGGCAGCCCACCUCAGGGGAUUACUACAGACACAUCAGUGAAACGCACAGGGAUAUGGACAGCCUUAAGCACCCGGAGACUGAAGAUACCCCCCAAGCUCGUUAUCCCCCUCCGCCCCCUGCUCCCCCUCUCCCUGCUUCCUUUCUUCCACCUCCUUCAUCAUCUGUUUCCCAGGAGAAAUCUAUGGCCAGCAGCAUCCAACAUGUCCACAUGGCCACCACGGGUGAGAGAGCCUCAGUGGUGAAGAGCCUCAGCUCCAGCAGUCCUACGAGCAAUCCUGUGCCAGAGAAAGGGAGAAAACUGCUGGGAGAAAUGAAACUGGGAGACAUGAAAUCAAUCACCUCUCUGAAAAACUCUAAAUUAACAGAAAAUUUUACUCCCUCUAAUAAGAUGGUGGUGUUGCCCACGGAAGAAGCUAACCUCUCUGAUAUUGACUAUUUGGUGCCUACUCAUGAUGAGAAGGGCAGGCCUAUAGCUGAAUGGAAAAGACAAGUGAUGGUGCGACAGCUGCAGGCUAGACUACUGGAUGAGGAGGCCCAGAGAAGGAAGGAGAAUGGGAAUAGAUAUGCAAAGAUGGACAGCUGGAGGUACUCUCAAGCGCACAAUGCCAUUCUGGGUCCGUUUGGAGAACUGCUGACCGAAGAUGACCUCAUCUACCUGGAGAAGCAGAUCAAAAGUGUCUCCAUGCAGAAGAACUGCGAAGGCUAUGAGAUGGAGCUGGCUCGUCUAGCAGAGGAACUCCGGAACAUUCUUCCAGCGCCAAUCGUCAACAUCACGGUCAAUACUCAGUACGGGAACCCUAACGCACAGAUUCCACUGCCUGUAUGGUGCAAUCGGAUAUCAGGGAUUGUGAAGAGCAUGUCCCUGCUAAUGAGUAACUUGACAGACCAGCCCUAUUGCAAAAUGCCUAACACUGAGCUUGUGAGUGUCUUCUCUCAAAACUUUGAGAGGCAGAACUCCAGAGGUCGGAGAGAGAAGAUCGAAAACGAGAUCCAUGAGUUUGGUGUGUCAGUGCGCAAUCUGAAGUCCAACUUUGAGAAUCAAGAUGUUCCUGUCACUGAGGAUUCAGAGAGUACGGAACUGUCUGCACAAGAGGAACAACCAACAGAGAAUGACUCAAGAGAAACCUCAGAGAAUCAUGAUCCAGCAACAGAGGUGAUCCAGGAUGAUUAUGUCGUUGGCUAUGAUGAAGCCAAUGAUGUUAUGGAGACUACAAGCCUGCGCAAGGAACGUAUAGUUGUCCUGUUCCUGGGUCACUGGAAGAAGUCUGCAUAUGCCGUAACUGUCAAAAAUGCACAACGGAAGCACAGCAUGGACAGUCAGGAGAUGAUAGAGAGGAGCAAGUUUCACCGCAAGGCCAGCUUGGAUAUCUCACCCAAAAAAAUGAUGGAGAAUGGCUCCUUGGGACACUUCUUCAAGCAGAGGAGUGCCAUCAACAAGAUGAUCGGCAACUGGAGGAGCAUGAUAUCUAUUGUUCCAUCUCGGCAGAUCCGCAGACUCAAUCGGCAGCAGGCCCUCUACUCACCUGAGCAGUUCCUGCCCCGUGUGGAUGGAGCACCCGUAGACUACGACACGCUAACAUUGGACCUUUUCAUGCUGGGAUAUUUCCACAUCCUUGAGCUGGACCUUACGGCAGAUGAGAGGAAGAUGAGGCACCUGUUAUGCUUCGAGGUGUUCGACCACGUGGGCCGUUUUAGCUGGGAGACGGUGCGGGAUUUCCACAAGGCUGUGAUCCAGGACAUUGAAGCUGGGAACAGGGAAUGGAAGGAUGGGUUUGAGGAUAUCAAGAUCAGAUUCUUUGGCGAGGCAUCCAGCCAGCCAGAGGUGGGAGAUCUGGAGAAAAGCCCACCGGCAGAGAUGAGGCCAGUGCCCAAAGUCAUUGUGCAGACUCCGACUCCAGAUGAGAGUGAUAUCCUUUCGAGAAGCCCAGACAUUACCAAUUUGAGCAAUGAUGACAUCUGCAAAUACAUUGACAGAAGUUUUGCCUUUUGGAAAGAAAAGGAAGCAGAGAUUUUUGACUUUGAGUGAUAUGGGCAAGCAGUUUUAUACUCUUCUCUUUUGAUACCUUUGUGUAAAAUAUUUACUGGACAGAAAAUGUUAUCUGAAUAAUCAAAUGCCUUGUAUGAGGUCAAAUUUUUGUUUGGUUAGAUUUAGAGUUCUUUUUAACAGAGAUGUAGAAGUUCUAGAAACCAAUAUUACUUGGAUAGCUGUUUCAAGUUUGCUGUUUGUAUGAACUUUGUAUGCACAUGUUUUGCUCAUUUGUCAUUUGACUGGUAUAAACUGGACCAUUUAAUAAUCUGUUGCAAUUCAAUUAAUAGAAUCAUUAAGUACCCUCAUAUAUGGAGUUUGUAUGCUGAUUUUGAAAUAUACCUUCUACCUGAAUGCCCGUUGUAAGACUUACUGCCGUAUUGUAUUCAGUGAUCUGCUUAACAAGCCUUUUUAAUCAA